AUGACACAGAGCAAUGAACAAGGUUUCCCAACGUUUCUAAGGUGGGUAAUAAGUGACAUCAGUACAACAAUCAAGAAAGACCUUAAUGAAUAUAUGAAAAAGCAAGAAAUCAUUUUAUUUGCAAAAUCAUUAAAACUUGAGGAUGAACGUGAACCUGAGGAGGAGGAUGAGGAAGGUGAUAGAGGUGGCAAAGUUGGUGAUAUGGAUGAUAGUGAUGAUGAUGAUGAGGAGGAGGAGGAAGGUGACAAAAGUGAUAAAGGUGGCAAAGGUGGUGAUGAGGAGGAUGGAACUGAAUCCGAAAAGAAUGAAGUUUCGUCUAAAACUCCUGAAAAGCCGAGCACUCCUUUAUCAAAGACCAAUGAGGAAUUUGAAGAAAAGGAUAUGGAGGAUGGAAGCGAAUAUGACAAAGGAGUUGAGUCAGAAACUGCUAACAAGCCGAGCACUCCUCUGUCAAAGACAAAUGAAGAAUAG